AUGAGAUUACCUUCAAACCUUCAUCCAGAUUCGGCUGGAAUUGUGCUAGUUAAAGAAUAUCGAAUACAAACCAGUUUAUUAAUAAUGUAUUUAACGUCCGGUAACAUUAUGACUACUGAUGCUGUUGCUACGGCGUUACCAGAGAUAUGA